ACUCCGGUGCGGCGCCGAUCGACAGUCAAGCGCGGAAAGCCGUCGAUAGUGCGCGGUUUACAGUGUGUGCGAAUUUACAUUCGCGAAGUGCGCGUAUGUGUGUCGGUGUACGUUCUUCUGCGAUGCAGAAAUCUGACGACGGUGUCGGAGUGCAUUGCGCGUGAUCGUGCGUGGGUGCGCGCGCUUAGCGGACGCGCGAAGCGAAAUGCGCUUCACGGAUGGCCUGGUGCUAGGAGCAUGGAGCCUCUUCGAGUGCCGCUAAGGACUCACUGCGAGCAGUUGAUUGCGGAUCGUGAGCGAGUCAUGAUCGUGUCCUAAAUUUGCGAUUCAAGAUACGCAGGAGGGAGAGAGAAAGACAAAAAAAAAGAAGGGAUUACGAAAGAGACGCGGAAGGAGAGAGGCGAACCGGUCGACGAAGCCCACUGCGCAUCGAUCCAACAUCGCUUUGACCAAAUGUUUUCGAAUGUGAUCAAAAACAGCAUGACGUUGCUGAUCAAUACUAUCAUCGGCCUCUUCAUAUUGGCUGAUGUUUCGUUGGCUAAUUUAAAUACACAAGGUGUCAAGUGCGGCACUGAGAAAUAUUGCAAUAUCUUGGAGUACUGCAGCACUUACGACAAUCAUUGCAGAUCCUGUGCAAUUGCUUGCGAUGUCAACAGUCAUAAUUCUGAACCGGAAGAGUGCGCGCAGAAGUGUCAAGUUUAUCUUCAGGAUCUUCAAGAUCAGCGCUAUGAUGAUCUCAGAGCGGAAGUGGCAAAGCUCAAGAUUAAUUUCACGGUCGUGAUCGUAUUGAUCUGCUUUUCACUACUCGGAAUAUUAUAUCUGCUGGGAAGGACCUUAUUCUGGUGGGAAAGAAUCCAAAAAUUCUUGCGAGCCCUAUUCAGAAAUAACUUGAUAAAGGCAGCUAAUAAGAACAAAGUGCAAGACGACGUCGAAGCCAACGCGAAUAAACAAAACGGUCUCAAGUUGACUAUACCGAGCAUUAGUGCCACAGUGGAAACAGAGUCCAAGAGCACGGAUAAUAGUAAUGGGAGCAACACCUCGCCGAAUACCACGAGCACACCUCUCUCGCGCCGACACGCCAGCGAGGACACUACUCUCGACUACGUCUACGAUAAUCCGGCGAUGACGCCGAGUCCGGAGAUCGCAUAGGCGAGGACGAAAGCACGCGAGAGCGCGUUUUAAGGUUACAGAUUUUGAAUAUUUAAUAUUGAAAAAAUAACAACACACGCAAGAUUGACUUUGUUAAAAAAAUUGUUGAAAAGAAAUAUUUGUCCUAAAAAUGUACAAUGUGCACAAUGUGAAGUUCCACCGCGGAGCCAGUUGAAGUAACUUUGUGAUAAUCAUUUUUGUAAAGAAAGAGGAAAAGGUGUUUGAAAAGCCACGUUUGAGGAAAGAAUCAUAUUGAAACCUUGAAUAACUCUGGCUCAAACUAUCUCGAAACAGAAACGUAAUAAAGGAUGUGGCAAAAUGUAAUUUAUAUGCAACGUGACGCGCUUACUCCUUCCUAUUCUGUGAAUCCAUAUUGGAAUAUUUCGUAAGAUUUCUUACGUUUUUUCGAAGUAUUUUGUUGAUAAUUAGUGAUGAGCGAUUGAACGAGAACAUCACUCUACUUUGUCUUUCUCGAAUAAAAUUCGUACAAUUGUCACAGAUAUUAAACUGUUUCUAAGGGCGAUAUUUAUAGUCAAUUGUUAUUCCAUGAAUGACCACAGCCUCGCAUAGAAUAAUUACUCAUAUCAUAAUUACAUUAUUUCUCAAUGAUUCUUCAUCAUUAAAUGACGAAUCAUAAAUCAAAUAAUUUGCUGUUAACAUAUGUGUGUAACAUUUUUUAUUAGAACUUGAGAAUAAUGCAUAGUUAUGUCCAAUUAUAGAUUAAUUAGGCUGUGAAUAAAAAAUGAUAAUAUUUUGAAGAAUAUCUGCGUCGUUUAUACGCCGAGAUUAUGAAUAUCGCCCUAAUAAGUUAUUUGUACAGAUGUAAAAUAGUACCAUAAGCUUGGAGUGAUUCGUGAACGCGUAUCACGCCUCCGCGAACCGUGCGGCUGUGUGACUUAAUUAAAUAAUGAUUAACGCGACACACUCGCGCGAUGUAGACGCGCGUGGUGCAGUUCCGUCGACUUAAUGCUCUCGCUCUUAAACUGCUGUCAUCAUGGCGAGACGUCUCGCUUUACCGCAGCUAUAAUAUUAACUCCGACAUAAGGAACCAUUUUGUUGUAAAACAGACUAAGUGCUUUUAAAAUUACUUUCUCAUUGGUUGAACGUUAUUUUAUUGACUCUUCAAAUAUCUCUAAAAAUUUAUUUUUUAUUUUUUAUGGCAACGAUAGCUUUGUGCAUCAAUGUUAAUAGCAUUUCGGAUAUCAUCAAUUAUAAGGAUAUUUACGAAUAAAAUUUUUUUAUUAUAGUAUUAAAUAAUGUUCAGCGUUAAAUACUUCGAAGAAUAUUUACAAAUUGUAUCAUUCUGCAGUGUUUUACGAUUAUUUUAAUGAUUAUUCGCUCAGUCGCUAAAAUAAAGGUUAACGCGAUCGAGAUCAGUGCGAAAAUUUUUAUUAUAAACUAUGCACAGCGCGCGUCUGUACAUGCUUUAGCAAUAAGUACUUAAUGAAUAUAUCUUGAGAAUCGUAUCCUUAUCAGCCAUUCCGUCCAUGAAAGGCCUUCCGAGCAAAUGUGCGCGUAGAAAACGACGCACUUUGCAUAGGUCAGUGACGUUGCACGCGAGGACGAAAGGAAAUCGAUAAUAAUUUUAUCGCGAGCCAGCGCUCGAGGCAUCGAGCAUUCUAAUGUUGCUAAAUCCUGUGGCAACGUCAAUCAACUUUAUCAGAGUAACUACAAAUAUAAAAAUUUUAUUUAAUUUAUAUUGAAAUGUGAACAAUUUUCAAUUUAAUCAAUCCUUUUAGAAAUGUUGCUGGGUUUCGUGUAAAAUAUAACUUGCUCAAAAUAAGCUCGCGCUCAAGUAUCGUUUGCUUCCUGAAGAAUCUCCUAUUUUUAUCGAUUGGAGGAAGUGUUCGAUUGAUGCUCAAUUUUAAUGGACAAAUGUUCAGAAAAGUUGCUCAAACUCAUAACUUAUUUUUCUGAUUAAUAAUGAUUUAAACAAAUUUCUCUUUUAGUUAACAAUUUUUAUGAUAUGAAAUAUAAACUCUA